ACUCCCCCGGUGUCUCGGCUCGGGCGGAGCGCGGUGUGACGGGAUGGAGGACGUGACGUCCGCCGUGGACUCGCCGCUCCGGCUUUGAAACUUCGGCGCGUGAAAAAAAAGAAGCUACGCAGCCGGGGGCUGAACGAGAGAGCGCGAGACCUCCCCGUGUGUUGUAUGCCACCGUUUUCAAAGUGUGCUGUGAAACUGUAACAGCAGCUGUUCGUGACGUGGAUUUGGUUUCAACUUGGAUUCAUAGACGCCCCCCCCCCUUCAACCCGCGGAGCUGUCAGUGCACAAUGCGAACCCAGUGUGUCUGUCCCCCCCUGGACAUAUGCAGCCCCGCUGACCACCAGUAGCCGCCGCGCCCGGAGGUCCGAAUCGGGCUGAAACAUGUUUAUCUUGUGGGUCCCGGUGAGUUUAUUCCUCGGCUUCAUCGUUUCCCAGACUUGGAGCGUUCAAAUGCCGUGGGACACCUGGGACGCUAAGCUGCUGCGCAACCGAGGGAACGAGUUUGAUAAAGCGAGCUCUCAACCGCACAUCGUGUUCAUCCUGGUGGAUGACCAAGGCUUCCGGGAUGUCGGGUACCACGGAUCCGAGAUCAAGACCCCGACCCUGGACCGGCUGGCGGCGGAAGGAGUCAAGCUGGAGAAUUACUACGUGCAGCCGCUGUGCAGCCCGUCCAGGAGCCAGCUCAUGACCGGCAGGUAUCAGAUCCACACCGGCCUUCAGCACUCCAUCAUCCGAGCUACCCAGCCCAACUGCCUCCCCCUGGAAAAUGUCACCCUGCCCCAGAAGCUCAAGCAAGCAGGCUACUCCACCCACAUGGUGGGCAAGUGGCACCUGGGCUUCUACAAGCGCGGCUGCCUGCCCACCAAGCGCGGCUUCGACACUUUCUUCGGCUCCCUGCUAGGAAGCGGGGACUACUACAGUCACUAUAAAUGUGAAGGACCUGGGAUGUGUGGCUAUGAUUUGUAUGAAGGGGAAGAGGCAGCUUGGGAACAGGACCACGGUUUGUACUCUACUAUGAUGCUCACUCGAAAGGCUAUCAGCAUCCUAGCCAAUCACAACCCUCACAAACAACCCUUGUUUCUCUACUUAGCCUAUCAAGCAGUUCAUUCCCCACUGCAAGUUCCUGACCGCUACCUUGAGCGCUACAAGGGCAUUCCAAACUUGCAUCGUCGUAAAUAUGCCGCCAUGGUGUCCUGUUUGGAUGAAGCUAUCCACAACCUUACGUUGGCGUUGAAACGUUACGGUUAUUAUGACAACACAGUCAUAGUGUACUCCUCAGAUAACGGAGGCCAGCCAUUAGCAGGUGGAAGCAACUGGCCCUUAAGGGGAAGUAAAGCCACCUACUGGGAAGGGGGCAUUCGAGCAGUGGGCUUUGUUCACAGUCCCCUGUUGGUCAACAAAGGGACGCAAUGUCGAUCUUUGGUCCACAUCACUGAUUGGUUCCCUACACUGGUGACCCUGGGUGAAGGGACUUUAGACGAAGACCUAAGUCUGGAUGGGUACGAUGUCUGGGAGGCUAUCAGCGAAGGCCGCCCAUCUCCUCGCCAGGACAUUCUUCAUAACAUCGACCCAAUCUACAUCAGAGCCAAGAAUGGUUCAUGGAAGGCUGGGUAUGGCUUGUGGAACACUGCCAUCCGGGCCGCGCUCCGGGUGGGCAACUGGAAACUCCUGACGGGUGUUCCCGGCUACAGCGACUGGGUGCCCCCGCAGACCUUCUCUAACCAGCGGCUAACCAACCGCUGGCAUAAUGAGCGUGUCCAUUGGGACCGGGGUAAGUCCAUCUGGCUGUUCAACAUCACAGCCGACCCUUAUGAGAGAGUGGACUUGUCCCAGCGCUACCCUCACAUAGUGAGGAAGAUGCUCACGCGGCUAGCGCAGUAUAACAAGACUGCGGUGCCGGUACGUUACCCGGCCAAAGACUUGCGCUCCAACCCUCAGUACAAUGGAGGCGUGUGGGGACCCUGGUUCAAAGACACCGGGGAAGAGCAAGUGGAGGAUGAGAGAAACAAUAACUUGUUCACCAACCAUCUUGGAAAAAGACGGUGGAAAAAGAAAUCCAAUAACAGAAAGCUGAAAAGAAAGGGAGAAUAGUAGCCUACCCAGUUUAGGUACUACUGACUUUUCUCAGGGAUUGACUCUUCCUGCUUCAGGAUUGUCCUCUAAGAUGUUCUAACUCCAGUUUGAUUUAACUUGACAUCACUAUAUACUGUAUGAACAACAAUGGAUCUUUUGAAAUGCACCAAGAGAAUAAGAAUACGAUCCUCUCAUUCACACACUGGUGUCAUGCCCAAACAACUCGGACCUCAUGGGGCAAUUGGAGAAUGAUACUUUUUCUAGAUUUUGUUGCAUGCUUGAACUGUUGUCACCUUUGGAUAGUUUCAUGUUUCACUUAAAUUUUCCUUGACAGUCGCCAUAAAUUAUGGUGACAGAAAAAUAAAGUCAUAGUUCUUUCAUGUUGUUGAUUGCAAUGAUGCAGUAUCGUGGAAAUGGAUGUAGGAUUUAUGUGAUUUUUUUGUUUUUACAGUCUGUCUAAACUUUAGAAUAAUACGUUUUGUUUCCUCUUUUAAAUGAUGUCUGGUCUGGCACCAGUCCAACCCGAAUGUAAGACAAGCUAACAAAAUAAAAGCCCCAGACAUAAA